UGAAUAGUUGUUACCAUCAUGACACUCUCACUAUGGUCUUUUCUCAGAGCUCGAUUUGAGCUGCUCUGCUCCUCACUUUUCAACAAGAACAUCCAGCCAAUCAGACCCCUGCUAGAGAAGGCAGGACUCUCCACCAGCAACAUCAACAAGGUGGUUCUUUGUGGUGGCUCGGCAAGGAUCCCUCGUCUCCAGCAGAUGAUCCGUGAGAUGUUUCCUGAUGUGGAGCUUCUCAGCUCAGCACCUCCUGAUGAGGUCAUUGCCGUGGGAGCAGCCCUGGAAGCAGGCUUACUGGUUGGCAGAGAUGGUCUUGUCCCUGAGGAGGAGUCUGUCACAGUAGAUGUUUCUACCACUGACAUACUAGUCAAGGAGGUGGAUGAAUCUGGAGCUGAGGUGUUCACUGUUCUCCUUCCAUCGGGCACACCCCUCCCUGCCCGCAGACAUCACACUCUGAGUGGAGAGGGGAAACAUUCUUCCCUCCGCUUGGAGAUUUACCAGAGAAAUGUCAUGGAGCAGCCAGAACAGCUUGCUAAGAUCAUCUUGAGAGACCUGCAGCCCAGUGAGAAGAACCAUGACAUCGACACUGUGGUGACUAUGAAAAGGGAUGGCUCCGUUCACGUCAGCUGUGUAGAACAGAACAGUGGAAGACCAGAGGUCAUCACCAUAGCAGCUGCGUCAUGAAGCUACUGUUCUGUCCAAACCACAUACCAGCACAUAAUGCCAGUGCAAUGUUUUGUUUAUUUUUUUUUGGUUUCUUACUCAAUAAACAUCAUCAAACUUUAAA